AUGGGUACAAAUGAGUCGGGGGAUGCAAUUCCAGAGCAUAACGAGUUCCUUUUUCCAGAAUAUGAAAUUUUGAUAGAGCCUGAGGAACCAGAAUUUGCUGCUGACAGCAGUGCAGAUCUUGGUAAUGAACAAGGAGAUGUAGAUACAUCAAAGGACUCAAAAGAACCAGGGGAACUCAGAGCUACAGUCAGUGCAGGUGAAGCACUUCAGUCCUUAGAUGAAGAGACAUUGGAAGCAAUGGCAAAACAUGAGACUGAAGAAGACAAGAUCUUCCAGAUGUUCAAAGAGCGAGUAGCGAGCAGGUCAGAACAGAUUAUUAGAUACUGCAGAGGAGGCAAAGGACCAAUCUGGGUAUCAGGUGAAAAUAUUCCUGAAGAAAAAGAUAUCCCAAAUUGUUUAUGUGGUGCCAAAAGGAUUUUUGAAUUCCAGAUUAUGCCACAGCUCCUGAACCACCUUCAGGUUGACAGCCUUGGAGAGAGCAUUGACUGGGGAACACUGGUGGUGUACACUUGUGCUGACAACUGCGGUGACGGGAGUGAAUAUCUGGAAGAGUUCAUAUGGAAACAAGACUUCUCUGCAGGCUCUAUUUAA